AUGCCGAAGCACGAGGAAGUAAUAAUCGAUGGCGACUCAACCGAUGAAGAGGAGGAAGUGCGCAUCAUCACUCCAGAGUCACGUAAGCGUCGCCGUCGCUCCAACAUAAUGACGGACCACGACCAAGACGAAGAAGAAGAAGAAGAAGAAGAAGAAGAAGAAGAAGAAGAAGAAGAAGAAGAAGAAGAAGAGAAGGAACAGACCAAAGACCAAGAGAAGAAGAAGACGAAAGAGACGAAGACAUUAGCACGUUCGUCUUCUAUCCCACGGCGUCAGCAAUUGCUUCAUAUAGGUAAAGACGGCAUCUCCUCGCAGUAUAUGACGCUACGUACGCCGACGCCUGUGCGUCGCUCGCGUCGGAACCUGCAGCAGAUUUCGAUCUCAGCUGCUAUAGCUCAUGAAGAUCGUGGACGGCACUAUAAUCAUGAUGAAGACAAGGGAAAGGACGAUGAUGAUGACGUUUACAUCGUCCAUCCACCGUCUGCCAGAUCCAAGACGAGCAACGGACGCAAAAGCCGACGUGUCGCGAUCCAGGACAGUGACGAGGUACUCGUACCUACUGCGAAAGAGCAGGACGAGGAGAAAAACUUUGAGAAGGAAAACAGAAACGAUGAUGCGAUGUCGUCAGCAUCUAGACGCAGCUCAAGAAUUCAACACAAUCGCCAGGAGAAGAAAGCACAGCACGGUAGUGCAAGGAAGCUCGCUUACCCGGUACUGGACAACUGUCUGGACAAUAUACAGAGUUUAGGUCCGCAUUAUCAAAAUGGAGACGAUGAUGAUGAUGAUGAUGAUGCAGAGGACUCGGAGCAAGAAGAGGCUGUUGCACCGCCAUCCGAGAAGAGAAGACGGCCGCUCCCACGAGAGGGAGAGCGAGAUGAUCGUGAAAGAGUUUACGCGGAUGGUGGAGAGGAUGUAGACGAUUUUAUUUGUGACGAUGAUGAGAUUGAGUACAUGGACGACGAUGAGGAAGGUGUGAUCAGUAUUGGGAUGCCAGAUGACGAGAUGGAAGACGACACCGAAGAACUGACAGCAGCACUGGCAGCAGGACGCUCGCGCGAGAUUAACGAAUGGUUUAGUAUCUACCUGGCAUAUCUAGAGGAGUGCAUCAUUGAUCCAGACUUUGAGAACAAAAUGCGUCGUAAACGAUCGAAGGCAAAGCAUCAGCUCUAUGACCAGGCUGUCAAUCGCAUUGAGCGAAAACUUUGUUCCUGCCGGGAUAGCGUGCGAUCAGGUGUUGCAUGGCCUGAACGAAUGGUGGAUGCGCUAAAGUGUGCUUCGCUUUUUCGCUCAAGCCAUGUCUCUACGGAACAAGAUUGCGAGGUCUGCAACCGUCGCCAGCAUGUUGCUACCUGCCACGUAGAACUUGCCGGCGUGGCCUGUGAUGCUACAAAGCUUUACGGUCAUAACUGGAUGCGCCACCUCAAGGAAACUACCAAGGAGGCAGCCUCUGUCCAAAUUGCGUUUGAAAUGGGCAGCGUAUGCCAUGCACGAACAUUAGCAUAUUGGCAAUUGUUGCAUGCGAAACAAUUCUGGUGCAUAUUGGUUGACGCGAAGAUUAAGAAGUGUGCAGAUAGCACGGGGCGAAUCGCUGAGCAAUACCGCAAUGAAUUCUUUACACAAGAAUUCGGUCGGUACAAAAGGUUAGUGGGCCUAGUGGAAAAGUUCGCUGAGGAUUCGAAGCGAGUAUCUGUGUAUAUGCCAAACGUUUGGAAACGAAUUACACGGCACAACAUGACAAGUGAUUUUCUUCCGCUACUAUCCCGUGCGUCAAUAUAUACAAGCGCAGAGUCUCGUCGAGGCACACUAGAUGCGUUUGUCGCUGAAAGUGAAGAAGAGGACCCUGAGGAUGAAGAAGCAGUAAUGGAGAAGAGGGAAGAGAAACAGCGAGUGGAUACAUGCGAAAAUAAUGAUGACAAUCAAGCCACUGAUGAAGAACAAAAAGUAAAGAGGAGCUCAUCACUUGGUACACCUCACUCGAAAAGAAAGCAAGAACAGAGUCUCGAGCUAGCCGCGAUCGGAGAUGACGAGAAGGGCGACAACCUUGUCAAGCACGAAAAAGACAUCGACGACCUCAUGUGCUUGGCAUGUGACGCAAGCCAACGCGAUGCGGGCGUUGUGCACGGUCUCUAUCUUCACGUGUAUUGCUGCUACGCCUGUGCGAAACGCCAGUACCGAAUGAAAGUCGGUUGUUUGGUGUGCAGCCGACCCAUAGACCGUGUACUACGGUUGCUUCCGCUCACGUUAAACGCUCGAAACGCUAUUCGAAACCAGAAGUCGCAGAAUGGAAGGAUGUUCAAGUGA